AAAAUUCAAAAGGGUGAACACGAGCGAGUGACAGUCAACUUUUCUCAUCAAUGUGGCGCCGGCAGUGAUUAAAUGAUAAAUUGGAUGUAUCCGUGAGCGGAGAUUUUAGUAUAGAACACGAGUUAGAACGUUCGUUUUUCUAAGUAGAGAGAGAGAGUAAACCCAAAUACUAAUACCUUAGAGGUUUUGUGCACGUUGACGCAUUCAACGAACUUCGUUAAUCUAUUCGAAUGAUGAUGACAGUGUACUGACUGUUUCACCGAUUCGGAAGCUAUGGCGAACAUCGCGGCAUUGAGAAUCCAACGCGAAUUUAAAGAGGUUAUAAGAAGCGAGGAGGUUGCAAAAUGUGCAAUCAAAGUUGAAUUGGUAAAUGAUAGUUUUACUGAACUAAAAGGUGAGAUAGCAGGCCCGCCAGAUACACCAUAUGAGGGAGGUAAUUUUGUGCUCGAGAUUAAAGUUCCCGAGACAUAUCCCUUCAAUCCUCCUAAAGUACGAUUCAUAACAAAAAUAUGGCACCCUAAUAUAUCUUCCGUAACAGGUGCUAUAUGUUUAGAUAUAUUGAAAGACCAGUGGGCUGCUGCUAUGACUUUACGUACGGUACUGCUAUCAUUACAAGCUUUACUAUCUGCAGCAGAACCAGAUGAUCCACAAGACGCUGUAGUGGCUAGGCAAUAUAAAGAACAUCCAGAAAUGUUUCGUCAAACUGCCAAACAUUGGACAUAUGUAUAUGCAGGUGGACCAGCAAAGAUGCCUGAUUUAGAUGAUAAAAUAAGGCGACUAACAGAUAUGGGUAUUGAGGAACAUAAUGCAAGAGUUGCUUUAUCUUCAUACAAUUGGGAUUUGGAACGUGCCACUGAGCAGCUCUUCAGUUAGUGAUAACUGUAUAGUUAAUCUGUCAUAUAAAAGCACUGCUCAUUUUGUCAUUACAAAACUUCUGUAACACCAUGCCCAAUUACUGAUACCAUAGCAGUUUCAUAAUCAAAUUCAGCACCUGUAACGACAAUAUUUCAAUGGCAAAAAAAUUCACAGGAAAUUCAUUUCAAUAACCUUAAACAAUACUCAUUUAUUUAACGUGUAAAAUAGGCAUGAAGAAACAGUAAUUAAUAAAAUCUAUUAAGUCCAACUUAAUAGCACAUUUAAAAAAAACUGUAUGAAAAGUAUGUCAUUCUUCAUCUUACGUUUAUUAAAAGUUUAAAAAUGUUAUUUAA